AUGGCCCCAACCCGCACCAUUGUAACGUUCGGCGCGGGCCCCGGCAUAGGAAACCACAUAUCCGCAGAAUUCGCCCUCCAUGGCUUCAACCACGUGAUACUCCUCUCCCGCAACGAGCAGCGUCUCUCUGCCGAAGACGCUCCUUUCGUCUCCAAAGUUGGCCCCAACGUCAAAGUCGACACGCUGCGUCUAGACCUCUCCGACACCCCCUCCAUCCCCAGCGUCCUCAAUAAAAUCGACGACCUGACCCAAGACGAGGACCUAGAGGUCGUCUUCUUCAACGCCGCGAGAAUAAAGCCGAGUGGGGUGCUGGACGUCUCUGUUGAGGAGAUCGAGGAGGACUUUAAGACCACAAACGUCUCCCUCUACACCAUCGCCCAAUGGGCCAUCCCGCGCCUCCAGCAACUCAAGAGGUCGAACUCUUCUUCAAAGCCCAGCCUCCUCGUCACAAACAGCUUCCUCCCCCGCGCCCCCAUCCCGCAGCUGCUCUCUCUGGGCCUCGCCAAGGCGAGCCAGCGGAACAUGGUGCAUUCUUUCAACCUGGCGUUCGGGGAGAGCGGCGUGCACGCCGGUCUGAUCAAUGUUGGAGGGGUCGUCGCACCCGAGAACAAGAACCUGAACCCGAAGAACAUUGCUGAGAAGGCAUUUGAGUUCUUUGAGGCUGGG